AUGUUGAGAAAACAGAUGAGUCAGGGAAUAGUAAAAUUGUCAAUUGUAUUGUAUUCCUUCAGAAGUAUCUCAUGGAAUAGAGUCAUCUCUCAAAAGAAAACCAUUUACGAUCCAGGUAAAUCAGCGGAAGAACCAUGGUCUCACUCGAUGCCAUCACUCCAGAUUGUUUCCACAAAAGAUAAGACAGAAUCAUCUACAAAGCAAUCGACACAAAGCUUGGCAUCCUUAA